AUGGUCAGAUUAGUCAAGCUGGUCUCGCGAUUCCACAAAGGCAGCCGGGAGCGUUCGGAUGGCGAAGAUCGACUCCGAAGCACACCAGAAGGAAAGAAGGAGGGUCUUGAGCCACGGCCUGCGGUGACGCUGAAGGGCCUCGUGGUGGACGCAACGGAGAUUUGCCUGCAUCAGCAGGGUCAGAACCAGCACGAUCGCAGAGAGAGGCGCCAACGCCGCGAUCGUGGUGGCGAUCGCUUCCCAAAUGCAGCGGUCAGCUCUGACACGGCCGUGCCGGAGACUUCGCAGAUUGCCGUUCGCAAUCGCAAUCGGGCGGAGAUGGAAUCCCGGGCGCUCGCCCCCGAAGAUCGACCACCUGCUCAGCCGGUGGACUACGAUCAGAACGAUGAGGAGGGCACCCGUGGGCACAUGAUCGAUGCUGCCAGGGACGAUGCUCGGCAAGAUCGUUCCUUUGCCCGCUCGACGGCAAAGCUCACACCAGCGCAGUUCGCCGAGCUGGCUGACUCGUACCACAACCCUGCUGGUCACACUACCUCUUCGGCGGCAGCUCAGUCUUCCACGGUCGUGGUUGAAGAGGCCGAGCCGGAGAACUUGCUGGCUCCAGCAGGUUGGUCGGGGCACUGCAACGACGUUGCUCAUGAUGCCUUCCUCGAGUUUCUUCUUUCGCUAGUUUUGGCUCGGCAGGAUGUUGCGGGAAGCAGCGCCAGCCGAUCGCUGGCGAUCGUGGCGACCCGGCUGGCAGAGAUCCCUUUUGUCCUUUCAAUGGAUGCCGGGACGCCUGAGCAGUUCGCCGCGGUGUCUCUCGACUGGACGGCCAGCUCGGCCAAGACGGAGCACGACCUCCUGGCUCCGAGGACCCAAAUGCUCGAACAGUACUGGGUCUUCGUGAAGGCCGCGGAAUCGCUCUUUGUCGAGUCUCUCGGCUACCAGAUGGGCUUUGCUCGCUGCUCGAAAGUGCCCCCAAAAAGUUCUGCAAAGUCGAUCGCACACUUUCAACGGGAGAUGGCCAUCCGAGCUCUAGCUGCACCAGUUCUGGCUCCUUCGGCUAAAUCGAGGCUGCCGGCAAGCUCUUCUUCUCCCUCGGCAACUCCAUUGCUCGACUUGGAGAACGCCGAGAAACAGAAAUGGGCUAAGCGCUUGAAGGCGAUCGCUGAUCGGGCCGGCGAACACGCUCGGCCCGAAGGAGUCCACGAUGCUGAGGGGAUCCUCUCGGAAGAGGAACGCGCUCGCCUUCGGCUGUUGGUUUUCACCUCGGGGGACUUGUUCGAGUCGCAGUUCCCGCUCGUGGAACGCGACUUCUGGAUCCCCGAGCUCGACACCAAGGAGCGCUGGUCUUCUCUUCCAGCGAAAAUGAUCAAAGAGUUGGUGCAGGAGGUCUCGGGCGAGUUCGUGCCCCUCUGUGCUCAAGAGGAUGACACGAUCGAGGACGCAGAGGACAGGGAUCUUUCAUUGACUGAGUUCUUUGUCAAAGUCCCGGUCAAGGGCUCUAAUCUUUGCCGGGUCUGCUGGCCUCACCGCUGCCUGGAAACGUCACGGUCUUUGCCGCCGAUCGACAAGUGCACCUCCGAGUUCCUCCUGGAGUCGAUCGACUUGCUGGACGCACAGGUCUUUGAUUGGCUGCUCUUGCUGUGCCGCAUGGGGGCGAUCGUCUUUCUGCACUUGGGCAUUCCCUGCGCCGCGUUCAGCGUGGCUAGGGAUCGGCCUGGAGGACCUCCCCCCCUGCGAUCGCAGGCGCUCUACCUUGGCCUCUACGUUCUCAAGAAGCACCAUCAAGCACAGCUCUUCGAGGCCAAUGAGCUCCUGUUCCGAUCUCUUCUUCUUUUCGACGCUGUGGUUCAAGCUGGCGGAGAUGCCUCGAUCGAGAACCCGAAGGACAGUCUGAUCUGGCAGGUCCCUCAGGUCCAGCAGCUCAAGGUUCGUCUUCACCUCUACAACGUCGAUCUUGAUCAGUGCGAGUAUGGAUCACCUCAUCGCAAGCCUACUCGGCUUCUUGUCAGUCACGCUGCUCUUCUCGCUCUUGCACGUCCUUGUUCAGGUGGACAUGUUCAUGAGCCUCUUCGUGGCGUGACAAGGUCGGAGACUGGCAAGAAGAUCUUCAAGACUAAAGCAGCUCAGGUCUACCCCUCGGCGCUUUGCACCGCGUGGGCGAUCGCCGUGGCCGCGAUCGUGCAGAAGUCGGCCCAGCAGUUCGCCGCUUCGUUUGCUCUCACGGCUCCGUCGGCAGAGCGCAAGCGAUCUUUGGGAUCCCAGAUUGCUUGGAAAGGCCAUCGCCAAUCCGCUGCCGCUCGGCUGGCGGCGGCUAGCGGCUAUCAGCUCAAACGAGGUGCCGCCAAGCCGCUGCUCGACGUCGAGUGUGAGCCAGGUCAGGCAAUCCAGUGGUCUCUUCAGGUUCGGCACCCAUUUACCGUGCAGCCGGCGCUCCCCGACAAGAUCGUCGACAACAUCAAGUUCAUUGUCUCCUCCCCGCAGGCGCUCGUGGCUCGCCGUUCUGAGCGCCUUCAGUUCUGGCAACAGCGUGCGCUCACGCUGCUUCCAGAGACAGAUCGGAUUUUGCGGUCAAUCGCCGACGCUCGCUUCUACGAAGCAGUGGCGAACUUUGCCACAAGGCGAUUGUAG